AUGGAUGAUGACAAAAUAGCAUUGAUAAAUUUUACAGAAAAAGAAGGAUUUGAUAAAGAUCAAAUAUUAUUUAGUGAUUUAUAUCCAUUUUCAGGAUUUGAUAAUGCAUUACUUGAACUAUGUUGUUAUCAUGGAUCUGUUGAUUGUUUUAAGUUUUUAAGAACGAAAUUUCAAUCAAAAAUCACUCCAAUUUGUCUCAGAUAUUCAUUUUUGGGUGGAAAUACAGACAUUAUAAAUGAAUGCUUGAAAGUACAAAAACCAGAUGAAGUAUGCAUGGAAUAUGCAAUUAUAUCACACAACAUUGAUUUCGUAACAUUUUUGAUGAAUGAACACAAUAUAAAAAUUGAUUUAAAAUUGUGCUCUAUAUACAAUAAUCUUCAAUCAUUUUUAGUUUAUUUGGAUCAAACAAAUGACAUCAACACAUGUUUUGUUUAUUCUCCGAAUUUCCAUCUUUCAUCACUUUUAGAAUAUUUUAUUUCUAAUGGUGCAGAUAUCAAUGCUAAAGACGGAGAUGGAUCUACCCCUCUUCAUGAUGCAGCCAAGAAAAAUAGCAAAGAAACUGCAGAAAUUCUUAUUUCAAAUGGUGCAGAUAUCAAUGCUAAAGACGGAGAUGGAUCUACCCCUCUUUAUGAUGCAGCCAAGUUUAAUAACAAAGAAACUGCAGAAAUUCUUAUUUCAAAUGGUGCAGAUAUCAAUGCUAAAGACGGAGAUGAAUUAACCCCUCUCCAACUAGCAAACAGUGAAAAUAACGAAGAAAUGGUAUCAAUAUUUAUUUCAAACAAGACAAAAUAA